AUGGGCUCUCGACACUUCCCUGCCCGGACUGUCCUCUUUGAAAGGGAGACAAGUGGAGUAACAUACCGAGUGCCAGCAUUACUCUACAUCCCUUGCGUAGCUAAGCUGUUGGCUUUUGCUGAAGAGAGGUUGAGUGUUGAUGAUGCUCACGCCAACCUGCUGGUGCUGAGAAGAGGCACCUUCUACAAGAACUAUGUGGAGUGGGAAGAUAUGCGGGCCCUUGAAACUGCUGCUCUGGCACAUCAUCGGUCCAUGAAUCCUUGCCCUAUCUAUGAUGAGCUCACAGGGAUGGUUUUCCUGUUUUUCAUUGCUGUGCUGGGCAGGACACCUGAAGCCUUUCAGAUCAUCACAGGCCAAAAUGCAGCUCGCCUCUGCUAUGUGUCUAGUUCGGACCAGGGCAUCAGUUGGAGCCAUGUGACUGACCUCACCCAACAAGUUAUUGGCAGGACCAUUGAAGAUUGGGCCACCUUUGCACUAGGUCCUGGGCAUGGCAUUCAGCUCAAGUCAGGCCGUUUACUGCUGCCAGCCUAUGCUUACCACAUUGACUGCAAAGAAUGCUUUGGGAAACUCUGCAAAACAACUCCGCAUGCUUUCACUUUCUACAGUGACGACCACGGGCAGAGUUGGGACUUUGGUGAAUUCAUCCCAAACCUGCAGACUGUUGAGUGUCAGAUGGUGUCUGUGGAUGAGGAGGAUGGAAGCAAUAGGUUGUACUGUAAUGCCCGGAGUCCCCUGGGUUUCCGUGUGCAGGCCCUUAGCAUGGAUGAUGGAGCAGUAUUUCAAUCAGGGCAGCUGGUGCAAAGGCUUGUGGAGCCACCUCAUGGUUGCCACGGCAGCAUCAUUGGGUUCCAAGCUCCACUUUACUACCUCCAUCACAAUAUCCAUAUGGUUCGGAGACAAACACAGUCUGGUCAAAGCUCAGGCUUACUGCUGCAGCCAAGUACAGAGAAAGGAAACCAACCCCCUCCUCCUCUUCCUCCUCCUCCUACUGUACCUUCAGCUUCUCUCUGCUCCCAAUCUCUGUACCACCAGCAGGAAAGCCUUGGGUUUUCCAGAACUUGUAGCGGCCAUCACAGCAAUUUUCUUAGUCUUAUCUCCUCAGGUAAAGAAUAUACAGGCCAGGAAAAAGAUAAUAUAGGAACUAUUUCCAAAUCAGGCUUUAACUUCCAAAUCCCAACUUGGGUGCUGUAUUCCCAUCCAACAAGCUCCAGAUCCCGAGUUAAUCUGGGGAUUUACCUCAGCACAUUUCCCAGGGAUGCUGACAGCUGGACUGAGCCCUGGGUUAUUUAUGAAGGCCCCAGUGCCUACUCCGACCUAGCCUACAUUGAACUGCCCUACUCAGAGUUCUCAAUAACUGGGAUCCCAGCCAUAGCCUUUGCCUGCUUGUAUGAGAAUGGGGUGCGGUCCCCUUAUGAGCAAAUCUCCUUCAGUAUGUUCACACUGCAUGAAGUUCUUCAGAACAUCCCUCUGACAACUUCUUCCUCAGGCCAGAAGCAGCCAUCAAGUGGCAGGAAGAGAUGGUGGAGGACUUGUGUUAUCUCUUAA